AUGAGCGAGACGUGUCAGAUGUUCGAGUCCGAAAAUGCAGCUCCAACAAAAUCCCCCCCUCUCCAACACCUGAUACUACUGCAAUCCUCCGACCGUCCUUACAGCUUGGCUAGUUUGAAGGUUCAAGCAACGGAGACCAAGUCAUCCAGGAUACGUACAUCGUGGCAGAGCCCCAAGGAGAAUGUGCUGAUUAGUACAUGCAAGAGAAGGAUGUCCUCGCUAAAGAAAAGAGGCUAUAGGCGGUCGGGUACUAUAUUGCAUGCUGUCCCAGGAACCACAGCAUGUGCCACUGCUCUUAUCUGUGAUGAGCAAGACAUGACAGCCCUCCAACACCAGGAUGUUGGCAGCAGGUCCAAAGCCACAUCAGCCAAUACGUCGCCAACAUUGACUUCUAGCAAUACAUCUGCAACUGGUACGUCGAGGGGAAAUGGAAGUCCUGCGACCUCGAAUCAACCUUUUCAACCCAAGGAACUGAAAGCGUACUUGAGUAAUAAGUCGCUCAAGGAUUCGAUAGGAAUUUACAAGUAUGGAAAGAUACAGUGGCAGCAAACAAAUCCCAGGCAGUUGGGAAAUAAUACCAGAAAUUACGGUGUUGAAGACAAGACGACGAAGCCAAGGAUACAGGUCGUGAUUCCCGCCUGGAUACGUGAGCGACCACUGCCUGCCCUUCCCUUCUUUGAAACCGCCAGCGAGCACCACAGUGCAGCAGCAUCCUUUGAUAACGUCCAAGACGUGUCGCCCCCCUCUUCCGGUUCCAAGUUCUUUAUGAGGAAUUCCGUCGUUUCUCCGCUGAACCAGACUCAGCCGCUAUCAUUCGGUCAAUUUCAGCGCUCAAUGAGCCGCGUUGUUCGCAGUACACCAGUCCGCGCUCCUCGACAAAAUUAUCCAACAUCCAAGCACAGUGGCUCCUCUGUCGACUCUCACGAUAGCGACACUACCUCUGUGUAUACCGAUGACUCAUCGGAGACCAGUAUAGAGCCAGACAGUCCCCGCCCUAACCCGAUUGAGAUGCAUCGUUAUAGCAUCCAGAAUCCUGUUGCGGCAGGAGUUUUCGACUCACCGCGAGCUUCUGUCAGGCAACACAUACCACCACCAACAACUUCACGAAUCAGUAAAUAUCCUCAUCAUCCACCUAUCGAACAGGAUCUGGCAUUUCAACCUACGUGUUCUCUUCGACGAAGCCGUAAUACCCCGGGUUCACUCAGCCGCCAAUCAACCAAGAAUGAAAGGUCUUCCAAACGAAGUAAUAGUAGACGCUGCCUCAUCACCCCAAAUGGAGCUAUCGAUCGCGCGAUCAGUCGUUCUACGUCCAGGCAGAGGUCCAAUUCCAUUCGUAGCGCCAGUCCAACCUUGAGUGAGGCAGAGAACGAGCUAGAAGAAGAGCUUGUCUUCCUCGGGGCCAACACACAGGUAUCUGUCACACUUCAAGAUAGCCGGGGGCUGGAAGGAUCAGCUAUGCAAGAACCGAGAAUUGUGAGCGGAAAGGAGACUCAAGAGACUGCCACCAAAUUCGUAGAUUCGGAUCCCACGAACUCACUUGAUGUGGAGACGUCUGCAACGCCACCGCCAGUGGUGCCCAGAAAGUCCAGUAAACGCAAUGCCUCCUGUGAAGGAAUGUAUCGAUUGUCUCAUUUACCACGCAGCCAUAUUGCAUCACAGAUGGAGAAAGGCCGUUCUGCUGCGAAAACCCAACGACUCCGAAUUACGAUCCCGGAGUACAAGCGCAUAGAUGACGCUAUUCGCCUAUCCCCAGUACCAGUUCCUGCGAAGAGCAUCAAGCGGAUCAUUACACCAUCAUGCGCAGAGAGCGUGAUCCUGAAUAUUUAUCGUAGUCUGGACAAUCUCGAAGACCUCUUUGCAACCGCUGUCGUCAACAAAGGCUUUUUCAGGGUGUUUGAGCGCCAUGAACUUGAUCUAAUCAGAGCGACACUGAAGAAGAUGUCGCCACCCGCUUGGGAGUACCGCGAAAUAGCAUUCCCAGGUCAUGACCUACUUCAUGAUGAGGAUCUCGAAAUGACUCGUCCGCAGGAGGAGUAUACGCCGCGCUCCUAUCUACAACCUACAAAAGCACGACAUGCAUACCAUGCGCUCGAUCAAUCUUACAUCCGACCCGAAAUGGCGACUGCACUCAUCAGCAGUGAUCGGCUUGAGGCUGCGAGGGUCGACGACGCUCUCUGGCGGAUAUGGACCUUUUGCAAGAUAUUUGGUUCUGGGAAAGGGCGCGAAGAUGACAUUGUCGCUCAACAAGAUUGGCUUAAGGGAGGCCCAAUGGUUCAUCAGCAAGCAUGCACCUUCAGCAUCACGAGUUCUGAUUACAUGAACAGUACCUUGAUCAGUGCUCCAGAAUCAUUUGCCAAGGGCAAUGGGGGUGGUCUAACUGCUGAACAGCUCUUCGACAUGAUUGAGUUGUGGAAUUGCCUAAAGGCGUUAUUGCAUGAUUUCUCGAACCAUACUGCUCAAGCGCGAGAGUGUGGAGUCUAUGAAAAGACAGACAUUCGAGGUGGUGAUAUCGGCGGUGAAGAAUCAAUGCUUGAGGAGUGGUGCUCCUAUGUGCUCACAUUUGGUCUCUCUGCCGUGUUGGGCCUCGCUAGCUCUAGCCAUCAAGAGCCGGAAAGCCCUUUCAAAAGUGCCGCGCAGCAAGGGUGGAUGGAAUGGAACCCUCCAGUCGCAGGUAACACUCGCCGAUAUUUCCUCCAGGAAGCUGCUUCUCGCGUCUAUGAGGAGAAAAUAGCUCGUACCUUUGCAGCACACUCUACGCGCAAGUUUCAACGCGAAUGUCAGAUGUCGAAAGCGCGGUGCCAAAACUUUCCUGCAGAGCUUCGACAACGCAGAGUCGAUACAACAGAUAUGCCUAGGUUGAGCUUUUCACAAGAGCGUCCCAUGUCCGAGUGGUCGACAACUAUUGGCGGCGCCACAGUUCCUCAUCCCGACGCGUCCAGAGAGGCUGUUUCCUAUGUCCCAAGGGUUCGGUCAGCUCUGGCCCAGGAGCUAACUGCCUCAAUCGCGGAACUACCCCCGGGGAGGAUGCCUUCACCACCUAUCACACGAUCCGUUGCGCAGCCUCUUUUACCCACACCACCUCCCUCAGUCGUGCCUAGUAUCUGUGACCGCAAUAGUACGGCUAUGAGCAUGCCCUCUAUUGAUGAGUACCCGGCUCAUCACAGGCCCGAACCACUCAACCAAAACACUCCUUCACUUAUAGAUCACCCAGUAUUUCGACACAAUCACACGAUAACACCAUCAAAUCUUGGGCCAACUGUGGCUCUCACGAUUCUGGGGACCAUCCUGCCUUCCAACAACACCCGAAGCAACACUCCAUCUUGGCAAGUGCAGCACAUGAAAACACGGCGGAAAAGGCGAUAUAUCGAAUUGUUGACAUGGGAUUUACGGCAGAUGAGGCGAGAGAAGCUCUAA